CCAGGCGCUGAAAUGAGGCGGUUGCGUAAUUUGUCAUGUCAAAGGCGACAUGACAGCUAGCCUAGCCUAGCCCUGCUCAUUCAGCAGCACACACACACUCUCUCACACACACACAGACAGAGAGACAGUCUGCUCAGUGCUGGCUCUGUCCUGGGCAGCUGGGAGCUGCUGCUGCUGCGUGGUUAUUAUUAUUAUUAUGGUCCAGCUGUAGAGGAGAGCAGAGGGACGGACGGAGGGCGAGGAGGAGACGCGCAGUCGCCUUCAGGAGCGCCUGGGUUUAAUGCCAGCCUCAUCAAACCCCCAGACAGACUGUGGUACGAUGGACAAAUAUCUGCCACCUCAGUUCCAGCCAGGCUCAGAGCCAAAGUUCAGCCAGGACAGCUUCCUGACGAUGGAGCAAGGUUCUCCCUACAGCAUCAACAUGAACGUCUUCCUGCCUGAUGUCACGUACCUCCGGACUGGACUCUGCCGGCCCGUGAGGCCCACAGCGCCGCAGAUUAAGCCGGAACCACUGCAACCUCUCAGCUACUCAAGCUGCCACCACACUGUAUCAGCAGCUCCUCCAGCCCCAGAAUACACACACCUCUUCAGUUCAGCUAAUGCAACAGGCAGCAACAACACUUUCAUCAAGCAGGAGACGCCACCCAUUGACUUUCAAGAUGUUCCUUUAUUUCAGCUUUUGAAUUCAGACCUGGAUCCCACAGUGUCUGGCACUUCCUCUUUCAUGGAGCCUCACAGUAACAUGUGCUCAUCGUCGAUGUCAUCCUACAACAACGUGCACUCACCUGCUGCCCAGAUUGCAGGACGGCCCAUGUGUGACCAGGCCAGCAACGGGCCUUCUUCCUCCGGCCACUUUGGGCUGCAUCAGCAGCAGCAGAAAGCGGCCUACCUUCCACCCUCCCCUCCAAACUCAGAGCCGGGGAGCCCAGACAGGAGGAAAGAACUCAUACACAACCUGUCACCACCGCCCUCCUACGCUGCCAGCAUGGCAUCUAAACUGGCAGGGCCAGCCUUGGGCCAUGGAGCAGCGGCAGCAGCAGCAGCCCUGGCAGUACAAACACAAGCAAUGGCUGCCAGGUACAACCGCAGGAACAAUCCUGAUCUAGACAAGAGGAGGAUACAUCACUGCGACGUCCCAGGGUGUAAGAAAGUCUACACCAAGUCCUCCCAUCUGAAGGCCCACUUACGGACUCACACAGGAGAGAAGCCGUACAAAUGCUCCUGGGAGGGUUGCGACUGGCGCUUCGCCCGUUCCGACGAGCUGACGCGCCACUUCAGGAAGCACACGGGGGCUAAGCCGUUCCAGUGUGCCGUGUGCAGCCGGAGCUUCUCUCGAUCCGAUCACCUGGCCCUGCACAUGAAGAGACACCAGACUUAGAUCUACAGCCACUGCCCAGCCCACUCAAGGCCCCAAGCUGCCCAUUAAGGACCUCCCUGUUUACCCUGUGCAUGUUUGUAGACACUGGUGUGUUGAGCACGCUUGGGUUUCGGCAGCUCACGAGGUGCAUUGCAUAGGCUCAUAGGAGCUAAACGUGUUGCCGCUAGGUCUGUAGCCCCUGUGGAACGCAACAACAGCUCAGCUCUUUGAUGCCAACCUAGCUGUGGAUUUUGGUCAUCGCCUGUUUUUUAUUUUAUUAGUAUAUAUUUGUCUCAUUUCUCAUUUUCAUGACAAAAGUUUGAACUCUCAGCGUGCCUUUUCCAUUUCUAUUCAACCUAGAAGCUACUACAGAUGCAAAGGUACCCUCCAAUCCAAAUUGCAACCAUUGCACCUUACACUCUCCAUUUCACAUAUGUCCUACUUUUUAAGCUCAAUUAAGGUCAAACUGUGGAUUAGUUCUCACCAUGAAUGUAGCAGCAAAUCCCAAGGCCUAAGGCCUGUUCUCUUCUGUUCUGAAAAAAAAAACACUCUGAGAAAUGUCAAGCCUGAAUACUUGAAUAAGUAAAAAACAGGCAUUAAGAGCCCUUAUCGAAAGAACCAAUCAGUUUAAACCAGUUAAAACACACACACACACACAGACACACACACUGUUUCAUUCAUUGCUCUUAUAAUGAACCACUGGUUAAAUAAUGAAGUGUUGUGAAAAAAAAGUCUCAGAAACCAAAGAAAGAAUCUAAAAACUAUCCAUUCAAACGACGUAAAGAAGGUUUUAAAGUGUUUUUGUAUUUUUGUUUUGUCUCCAAAUCAAAGCACAAUUCAUAAUUCACUAAUAACAACAUAGCAACCCUCAUCUCUUCCAAUGCAAAGAUUUAGAUGCUGCAUUUCAUCUUUUAACACCUGUAAACAACUGACUUUGGGAUAUUUAUGGAGGAUCGGGAUGAAAUACUGUAUGUGGAACAUUUUAUUUGGAAUAUCAAUAGCUUUAAGUGUACAUAUUGUAAUUGCUUUAGUCUGUAUUAUUUAUUUUUUUGAGAUGGGUUCUUUUCUACUCUAUAAAAUAUUUCUCUAUGCACAUGUAUGAUGUGUAUGGAGCUAUGGGAACGGUGGUUUUAAUUAUUAAAGGAAAUCUUAUCUUUCAGAUCAGUGAAGAAGUACAUGGUUGCCUUUGGAUAAGAGCCACAGCAGAUAAUGCUGGGGUUUGUAACUGUACGGCUUACAGAGUGUGUUGUGUGUACUGUAAGUGUGGUCUCAUAAACUUUAAUUUCCACUGCAGUAA